AUGGGAGGAGGAAAGAGGAAGUCGUCGUCAAGGUCAUUCUUUGCAAUCUUGUUCAGGUUCUCUGGGAGGCCGAGGAAGGGGGGGAGUGAGGUGGAGAACGAAGAGGCGGAGGUGAGGCGCAGAGGGAGGGUCUGGGCGAGCGACGAGGACCGGGGGAGUUGGGUUGGAGAGCCGGACAUCGACCGUAAGGCUGCCGAGUUCAUCGCCAACUUCCACACGCGUCGCCAACUCCGACCGUUAGAUCAAGAUCAGGUAGCUUCUCUGUAA